AAACCCCGGAAGUGUUUCCGUGACGUUGUCAGCACUCGUCCUAACCCCUGCACAUUUGUGGAGGUCGAGGUUUCUUGGUAUUUUUUUCAUAUUCAGGCUAGUUAAAAAAUAAUUUUCAAGAUGUCUAGGACGGCACUCUCUUUUCGUAAAAUUUCAACUUGUCUGUUAAAACUUAACCAGAAUGCUGUGUUGCCAUCUGUCACAGUGGGUAGUCGUCAGGCUAGUACUAGCACAAACUUGAAAGAAGUACUUGAAAAAAUUGUUCCUGAAAAGCAAAAGGAAGUUGCAGAAUUCAGAAAACAAUUUGGUACCACCAAAGUUGGUGAGGUUACAGUUGACAUGAUGUAUGGAGGAAUGAGAGGCAUCCGUGGAUUGGUUACAGAGACCUCUGUCCUUGACCCUGAAGAAGGUAUUAGAUUUAGAGGCUAUAGUAUUCCAGAAUGCCAGAAACUUCUACCCAAGGUUCCUGGUGGUGAAGAGCCACUUCCUGAGGGCUUAUUUUGGUUACUGGUGACUGGAGAGAUUCCUACACCUGAGCAAGUCAAUUCAAUUACCAAGGAAUGGAAUGACAGAGCAGAUAUUCCCAACCAUGUGAUUACUAUGCUGAACAAUUUUCCUAGUUCACUCCACCCCAUGUCUCAAUUUAGUUGUGCUGUGACUGCCAUGAAUACUGAGAGUAAAUUUGCCAAAGCUUAUGCUGAAGGUGUGCACAAAUCAAAGUAUUGGGAGCUGUGCUAUGAAGAUUCUAUGGAUCUUAUUGCAAAACUUCCAACUAUUGCUGCUAUUAUUUAUCGCAAUCUCUACCGUGAAGGUAACCCCCCAGACCCCAUUGACAAAAAGAAGGAUUGGAGCUGGAAUUAUACCAGUAUGCUGGGUUUUGAUAACCCUGAUUUCGUUGAGCUGAUGCGUCUUUAUCUUACCAUUCAUACUGACCAUGAAGGUGGCAACGUCAGUGCACACACCUGUCAUUUAGUGGGCAGUGCACUCUCUGACCCAUAUUUAUCUUUUGCUGCUGCCAUGAAUGGACUGGCAGGACCACUGCAUGGACUAGCCAAUCAGGAAGUACUUGUUUGGAUUACAAAGAUUAGAGAAAACUUUGGUGGUGAUGCAACAGAUGCUCAGUUGACUGAAUUUAUUAAAAACACACUCAAAUCAGGACAGGUUGUUCCUGGUUAUGGACAUGCUGUGCUGCGUAAAACUGAUCCUCGUUAUACUUGCCAAAGAGAAUUUGCUCUUAAACAUUUACCCAAUGAUCCACUGUUUAAAUUAGUAUCUCAAAUCUACAAGAUAGUACCCGAUAUCCUUAUUGAGCAAGGAAAGGUAAAGAAUCCAUGGCCCAAUGUGGAUGCUCACAGUGGAGUGCUCUUACAGUACUUUGGCUUGAAAGAAAUGAAUUACUACACAGUUAUGUUUGGUGUAUCAAGAGCUUUGGGAGUCCUAGCUUCAUUGAUAUGGGAUCGUGCUCUUGGCCUCCCGAUUGAGCGCCCCAAAUCCUUCGACACUCCACACCUCAAGAAAAUUGCUGCCAAUGCUCAAAAGAAAUAACUCUACUUACAGCUAUAAAUUUAAUUUCAAAGUCUUGCAGCAGUGAAAUCUGGAAUUGACUCCUAAAAGAAAUAGAACCCAGCUUUUAGAAAUCUAUUUUCAGAAGGUACCAACCAUGUCAGAGUGUCUUAGUUAAUCUAGCAUAUUCAAGGCAACUCCACACUAACUUAAAUUGUAUUUUCUUUUUUUUUUAUUUUAUAUUUUUAAACAAAGCCUGAAACAAUUGAACAUUGUUAUUGUUCUACAUUUGAAUGCAACAAAUGUGAUAGUUUUAAUUCUAAAAUGGGUUGGGAUGACAUAUGAAAAUAUAAGUUCUCCAUACAAUUCUUUGACACUUAAUCAAAUUUUUUUCUUUUGGUAUGUGUAACAUAAUACUUUGUGAGAUUUUAUUCAACGAUUAUUUAUUAGUUUUUUUUUUUUUUUUGCUUUGUGAUGUGUGAUAGUAUUGAAUGGACUAGCUCUUGCUUAUCUUGAUAAACUACCUGGAUUGUCCAUUAAUAGUUAAUCAGUUCCAAAUAGAUAUUUUUAAACAUUGAAUUUAUGGCAAUAUGAAAGAUUUUAUUGUCAUUUUCUGUUAGCAUAGUUUAUAGGUUAGAUUAACAUUGAAAUGUUGUAACUUUGUUUUAAAAUGCUUAAUAUUUUAUAGGUUUUUAUUGCACUUACAUUUUGGUAAAAUGUUUUGUUUGCACCUUGAGAGAUUUGCAAAUAAGUUGUUGUGUAAGGGGUUCAUCUGUUGUGCAAGGGGUGUGUAAUUGGUAUGCUGUCAACUGUAUGAUAUUAAAAAAAAACCCACAUGAGCCCAUACGAGAAUUUUUUUUUUUCAUCCUCUAAUCAGAUACUUGAACAUGAUUUAAUUUUUCUUGAACCAGUAGUUCUUAAACUAUUUUAUUUGCUACUCCAUUAAUCAAACUAGAUGUAGAAAACAGGUGACUGUACACUACUACAGUUGACCAUACAGAAUGUGAAUAAUUAAACUUGUAAUCUCGAUCACGUGACUUUCAUUGUUUCAUGAAACAAUCUCCACAUUCAUAAGUCUCAUGGUGGUUGGUGGGAUAGAUUUUAAUUUUCUCAUUACUGACUUGUUCCAUGUGAUAUCAUUUUAAUCCUCCCCAUUUAGCCGUAGAGUGGAGCAAUAACAGUGUUAGCCAAGAGUGUAUUGUAAAGUUAGACAAAUACAUUUCAGAUGUACAUGUUGCUGGUUGUUUCUGUUUUUAAAUAAAAUUAAAUAUACAUAAUACAGUU